UUCCUUUUUAAGUCCAUCUUUCCCCGUGAAAACACCCCGACCAUUUCCAUAGCUCCUUGCCCCAAGCCCCCCCUCCUCGUUGCCACCACCGGUGGGUCGCCGGUGACGACCAUGGCUCCGUCCGUCUCUACCGGUAGGCUCCUCGAGCUCAACCUCAUAUCGGCCCAGGAUCUGGCCCCGGUGUCGAAGUCCAUGCGGACGUACGCGGUUGCGUGGGUCCACCCCGAUCGGAAGCUGACCACGAGGGUCGACGAGAAGGGCCAUGCGAACCCUAACUGGGACGACAAGUUCGUGUUCCGCGUGGACGAUGUCUCCCUGGAGACCGACACCUGCGUGAUCACCAUCGAAAUCUAUGCCUUGACUUGGCUCCGUGUGGUUCUCGUCGGGACGGUCCGCGCGCUCCUCAGCAGCCUCAUUCCUCCAUCGUCGCGGACGCGGACCAAGAACACGCCUAUGAGAUUCAUGACCCUGCAGGUUCUGCGUCCAUCUGGCCGGCCACAAGGAGCGAUUAAUUUCGGCGUUUCGCUCAUCAAUAGCUCCAUGCGUAGCAUGCCAUUGAACUCAGAGCUGAGCGGGUCUUUGGCCUUCUACGGGGGCGAACAGGCGGACCAAAGGGACUAUAAGCAACCCGGUAACUAUGGCAACAAGAACCCCCCACAGAAGAAUCACACGAAAAUCCACCUAUGGCGAUCGCAGAGCGAGAGGACAAAUGACUACUCCUACAACCCUGGAAGCACCGUUUGCAACGACUCGAUGGUCGGGUUCAAGCAGACGAAAGGCGGGAGCUUGUUGGGGUCGAUAAUAUCUGAUGUGGGCCCAUCAGCGUCGAUCGUGGCGGCCGCAAUAGCCAAGGGGUUGCUACACCCUAAUAAGAACAACCGCGACGACGCCGAGAGCUCCAUACUGCUCGACAAUUGGACGGAGAAGGACAGCAUCGAGGGCUUGAGGACAAAGAUCGAGCGGUGGCGGACUGAAUUGCCUCCGGUACAUGACCGACCCAGCAACGGCAAGAAGACUGCCAAGUCGGGUGGGAACCACGGGAAAGAUCGUCCGCGAAGGCACAGUGAUGGAGGCGGCUUGUUCUCUUGCUUCGGAAACGCGUAUGGAUGCGAGUUCUCCAUCAGCUGCGGCGGUGGCAAUGCCAAGAAGAUCAGGUACGGCGGCGGCUAACGUUCUUCUCGACCGAAGCGCAAGAAGAAGCCUACUAAUUCCAUAAGAAGCGCGCAUCUCCAAUCUUAACGUGAUCGAAUUGUGUUUCGAGCGCGAGAAGGGAAUUAAACAUUAGUCUACCAAUCAAUAUCAGAAGUGUCCUUUCUGGGCUCGUUGCUGCUAUCUGAUAUUGAUCUAUGUGUAAUUUCUUUUGGGACACUGAAGGAUGUGUGUGUAUUAAUGUGGAAAUGGUUAUCCAAGUGGUAGGACAGAGUCAAUUAUAAGAAUGAUUCGGA